GCGUCUGAGAUAGCAGAUCUCAGCCUCACAUACAGCUUAGAAGAAUUAGAGGCACGUUCAUGUCUAGAGCUGGGUCUUGGGUUACUCGGCUUUAGGAGUUUAGGUUUCAGUGUGGCAGCGUUUCGUAUACGGAAUACGUACACCUUGGUACAGCACAUUAAUAGGCGCAGGGAACAAGCAUCAUUCUAUGAAUCUGGAGAAGGUACACUUCCGAAGCAGCGCUCCUAGGGUCCAGCCCACGGCAUGGCUGGGUCGUCGUCCAGGCUGCGCGACUACCUGUUGUCGGCCUGGCGAACCGACCCGGCCGAGCGCAAACUCGUGCGCAAGAUCGACUUCUUCAUCUUGACCUUUUGCUGUCUCAGCUACUUCCUCAACUAUCUUGACCGUUCGAACCUCGCCAACGCAUAUGUCUCGGGCAUGAAAGAGGACCUCAACUUCCAGGGGGACCAGCUCAACCAGAUCAACACGUGCUUCACCGUGGGCUACGUCCUCGGCCAGAUCCCGUCCAACAUCAGCCUGCACUAUGUCAAGCCACGCCACUUCUUCCCGGCCAUGAUGGUCGUGUGGGCGGCGCUGACCAUGGUGACGGCGUCGACGCACUCGCCGCAGGCCAUCAUGGCCAUCCGCUUCUUCCAGGGCGUGGCCGAGGCGAGCACCUUCGUGGGCACGCACUACAUCCUCGGCUCGUGGUACACGGAGCGCGAGCUGGGCAAGCGUAGCGGCAUCUUCACCGCGUCCGGGCUGGCCGGCACCAUGAUCGGCGGCUUCAUCCAGAGCGGCAUCUACACGAGCAUGGACGGCCGCCACGGCCUGCGCGGCUGGCGUUGGCUGUUCAUCAUCGACGGCCUCAUCACCCUACCCGUGGCCGCAUACGGCCUUUUCCUGUUUCCAGACACGCCCGCCACGACCACCGCCCCCUACCUCAGCCCCAGCGAGCGACACCUCGCCGUGCAACGCCUGAAACUCCACUCACACUCACACCACCAGCCCAGUAUUGCCCCCGAAGAAUCAGAAGACACCGCCUCCACAGAGACAAGCCCGAAAGCCUCCCCGCUGACGUGGACCUUCGCCAGAGCGGUGCUCACCUCGUGGGAAUGGUGGGGCUUCAUUGUGCUGUGGAUCAUCGCGGGCGAGACCGAGUCGUUCUCGUCCAACUCGCUGCUCGCGCUCUACAUGAAAACGCCGCCAUCGCAGGCCACAACACGCUACACGGUGCCCCAGCUGAACAACUACCCGACAGGCGUGCCCGCGGUGGGGAUCGUCUCGACGCUCUUCUGGGCCGCGCUGACCGACUUUCUGGGUGGCAAGCGCUGGAUGGUGGGGUAUUUCAUCGGCGUGACGGGCGUGGCGACGAGCGGGAUGAUUCUGGCGGCCAAGGGUAUGAUGAUGAACCCAGGAGAGGAGGGCGAGGCGACAGCGAUGGUGUUUGGCGCGUACUACUGGGCCGGCAGCGUGUAUGCGUGCCAGGCGACCUUCUUCGCCUGGGCCAACGACGUGUGCACGCGCCGGCAACGGCCGCCCGUGUUCCGGUCCGUCGUGCUGGCCGGCAUGAACCUGGGCAGUAACGCCGUCAAUGCGUGGUGGAGUCUUGUAUUCUAUGGGGCGAGUAUGGCGCCGUGGUUUGAGAAGGGAAUGUGGGCCAUGAUUGCGACGUCGGUGGCCCUGGUUCUGUGGACGGCCGGUCUGUCGUAUGUGUCGUCGAGGGCGGAGAGGCGGGAUCGGCGGGGAGCUGAGAGGAGGCCGUCUGCCGAGGCGGCGGAAAAGGGGUCGCAGCCAAACCGGGAACGAACACCUCUGGGUGCGUCGGACGAGAGACCACCGGGCAUGGACACCUGACCACCAGUCUGGAUGGGGUUUUAGGAUGGAUGGAUGCGCAGGUUGGAGUGCCGCAAGACCCCCCAUACCACAUAGACUUAUAGACAUACAAGCAAGCA